GCCCCGCCCCCGGCCCCGCCUCCUCCUUGGCCCUGCGGGUUUUUCUCCCUACUCUCAUCCGUACCCCUCCAUUCUUCCUCCGGUCCUUCCAGGCCUGGCCCUGAAACCCACCUCCAGGCCUGCCCCUUCAGGGGCGGAGCUGCGCCAGGUGCGGCCCCGGGGCGUGGCCGAGUUCCGGGAGCGCAGGUGCGGCUUCCGUGUCAAGAUGGCUGCCGCCUGUCGGUCUAUGGCUUCCCUCCUUCCCGGCCUCCUCUGCCGCCUACCCGCUGGGGCCCAGAUGCUGCGCGUUGCCCUGUGUCUCCUGUGCUGGGUCCCGGCGGCUGUGGAUGCAGUCCCUGAGCUCGGGCUUUGGACGAGGACGGUCAAUGACAAAUCAGGACCUUUGAUAUUCAGGAAAACUAUGUUUAACUCUACUGAUAUCAGAUUUUCUGUGAAGUCGUUCAGUUGCUCUGGACCUGUGAAGUUUACCAUAGAGUGGCAUUUGAAGUAUCACACCUGUCACAAUGAGUACCCUGAGCUGGAGGAGGAGCUGUUCCAAAAACAUGAACUUCAUGCUGAUGGAGAUGUCUGUGCUUACUUCAAAAACAUUGACUGUUGGACAACAAAAAGUGAAAACUUAGAUUGCAGCAGUGAUUCACAGGCUUUUCCUUCAUUAAAUAAUAAAGAACUAACAGGUAUCAGGAACAUUUCAAGCCAGGAAGGAUCAAUGGAUGUUGUAGCCAGGACCCAGAAAGAUGGCUUCCAUAUCUUCAUUGUUUCUAUUAAAACAGAGAAAACAGAUGCAAUCUGGGAUUUAAAUGUUUCUCUUUCCAUGGUGGGGCCUCACGGCUACAUCUCUGCAUCUGACUGGCCUCUCAUGAUUUUUUACAUGGUGAUGUGUAUUGUUUACAUAUUAUAUGGUGUCCUCUGGCUGCUGUGGUCUGCCUGUUACUGGAAAGAUAUACUGAGAAUCCAGUUCUGGAUUGCAGCUGUUAUUUUCCUAGGAAUGCUUGAAAAGGCAGUUUUUUAUAGUGAAUACCAAAACAUCAACAGCACUGGACUGUCGACCCAAGGUUUACUGAUAUUUGCGGAGUUGAUAUCUGCACUUAAGAGGACGUUGGCUCGCCUGCUUGUGAUCAUUGUGAGCUUGGGUUAUGGCAUUGUAAAGCCGCGGUUGGGAACAGUGAUGCACCGGGUGAUUGGACUGGGCCUGCUUUACUUGAUCUUUGCAGCCAUUGAAGGUGUCAUGAGAGUCAUCGGGGCGAAUGACUCUGAUCUUGUUCUUCUGGCCAGCCUGCCUCUCUCUCUCCUUGACUCGGGCUUGUGCUGGUGGAUUUUUAUAAGUUUGGCACAGACUAUGAAGACUCUGAGGCUAAGAAAGAACACAGUGAAAUUUUCGUUGUAUAGGCAUUUUACAAAUACACUCAUCUUUGCUGUGCUGGCUUCUAUAGUGUUCAUGGUGUGGACAACAAAGACCUUCAGGAUAGCAAAAUGCCAAUCAGACUGGAUGGAGCUGUGGGUUGAUGAUGCCUUUUGGAGCUUCCUCUUUUCACUCAUCCUUAUUGUGAUAAUGUUCUUAUGGAGGCCAUCAGCAAAUAAUCAGAGGUAUGCCUUCAUGCCCUUGAUAGAUGACUCUGAUGAUGAAGUUGAGGAAUUCAUGGUAACAUCUGAAAAUUUAACUGAAGGAAUAAAACUAAGAGCCUCAAAAACGGUUUCGAACGGAACAGCUAAACCCACUUCUGAGAACUUCGAUGAAGAUUUGAAGUGGGUGGAAGAAAAUAUUCCCUCUUCCUUCACAGAUGUAGCUCUCCCAGUGUUAGUGGACUCAGAUGAGGAAAUUAUGACCAGAUCUGAAAUAGCUGAAAAAAUGUUCUCUUCAGAAAAGAUAAUGUGAUCAGGGCCCCAGUGGGUCCAGUGUGCAUGGGAGCGCGGUCAGGUGAUGGGAAAGGCCUGGCUCUCGUCAAAACUGACAGCUGCGCUAUGAUACAUGUCUCACUUUGUUGUCUUGGAGAUCUGUGUAUGCAGGUGAAGAACUCAGGUGUGGGAGGGUCUGCCGCCCUCAGAAAGCCAUCUUUGAAACGGACUCAUAAAGUCAGUUUUGUUGCCAUUAAGUUGCCUGAUUUUGGAAACAAUUUAAGAAGUGUUAAAGACAUGUGUUCAGAUGCCUCUUAGGCGGCAGCCACAGGCAUGCCAGGUUGUGUCCCUCAGUUUUCUCCAGACAAAAGAAUCUGCAGCUGGGCGUGGCGGCACACUACUGGCAGUUGAAAGUCUGUAAUUUCAAGGCCAAGCCUGGUCUACAUAGUUCCAGGACAACCAGAGAGAUCUACAUAGUGAGACCCUGCCUCAAAACACAGAAACCAAAAAGAAAAAAGAAAAGAGAAAAAUCUCUGUGAACAUUCCUUCCCCUCAACUUCGAGAUAACAUGAUUCUCCUGAAUGCUAACACAGCGGUCUUCAUCUUUUGUAGUGAUCAUUUUAUUUGAUUUUUUUUAUACUGAAGUGGCAAUAUUGGAACUCAAGCAUGUUCAUUUAUUUAAUCUUGCCCCUUUUGUUGGUGUGCACACAGCCUUUGUUUGUAAAUACCACCAUGCACUCCAGUUCACAGUCUGAGCACGGGAACACGUGUGCACAAAGACUGCAGGCCUCAGGUACAUGUGCUGCUGCUACUUCUGCUGUGAACCUGGCCACGCGACUCCCUAUAGCACUUUAUCCCAGCCUGGGGUGCACUGUCUUGUGAACCUUGUGAAGACUUGUGAAGUACCAAUUUGUUACACAAACAUCUAACUAUACCAUGCAUCAACAUGUAAUUAACCAGCUCUCAACCGUAUUUUACACCUUGUUAAAUUAUGUUUAUAAUGUAUGAUUGAAAGUUUCUGUUCUAAUAAUUUUUAAACAAAGAAUGUUCUAGACUUGAAAGGCACUUGAAUGUAGAGUGAUGAAAAUGUGAACGUUUGCCACUUUCGUGACCAAAGAUACCAGGCUGUUGGACAUUGAAUGUGGUAAUGACAGGCAGCGUCUUGUAUGCCUUCUCUCUGGAGGACUUCUGGCCUUGUGGGUUAGAACCCUGGGAAAAUUGAGAAAACAUGGAAAUGAUAAGAAGUACUAUCCAGAGCCUGUGAAGAUUUUCACCGUGGCACCACAAAACAAACCUUUUUCUUUCAAAUGCCUACUUUCUGAGUUUAUUUCCUGCGGUCUCGUUUCAAAAGGGUUGGUAGAUAUAUAUUUCUAUAGUUGUGUGUCCAUUUUAGGUUUGUCAUAAUCCACCUUCUAACUCAGUUCUUUGAAAACUGGGGAUGUCUUGCGGGGGAGGAGCAUUGCAGGGUGUCACUGCGUGGCUCAGGCUGAAGUUGGACUUGUGAACCUCUUGCUAAGAUUAUAGGCACGCACCAUGGGCCCCUCCACAUCUGAUUUAAUACCCUGUCCUCACAGCAUGAAGCAGCUGACCCCCAGCCCACAUCAGCACUUCAGUGUUUCUGCUCAUAGCCAGCAGGAGCUACACAUUGCAGGAGCAGGGUGUGAGUCUGGAGCUGAGGGCAGGGAAGUGCUUCUGACGCCACCUCAGUGGUAUUUCUGAAACCCAGGAAAGACAGAUAAUGCUGCCUCUGGCAUAUGAAAUGAACUCUCUCUUUCUAUCCAGAGAAAAACUGCGUAGAAAUGUUGUUGCAAGCACGUGUAUGGUGUCUGUUGCAUUUAGUGAUAACUGCCAGGUGCUGACGUUCAGUGCCCUAAGGUGAGUAUUUCUUGGGGCCUUAGCCCCAGCAUGUAUCCUUAUGCUGUCACUGUAGAUCACAAGGACUGGGAACGCCACCCAGGAACACCGCACAGCUCCUCUUCCCUGUCUGCCUCAGGUCUGCAGACAACACUGGGACUCUGCAGGUGCUCAGCUCAGUGUCUGUUCAGGAUGCUCUUGAUGGACCUAUUUUUUAAUUUCGUGCUCUAAGGAUAAGGCUCCCAUGUUCAAGACUUCUGGGAAUACAGUUCAUGUUAGAUUUUGGAGGCAUAGGAAGUUUGAGACAUUUUUUCAUGAUUUGAAUUAAGUUAAUAUUUAAAAAUCUGCCUUCAUGGGUAGUUAUUACAUUUCAGUAAGAAAUAGGAGGUGGAAGUUGUAAGUUUGGGAGAUGGUAGGAUACUCCCAUGCGUUUUCCCAAGUUUUUUGUUUGUUUUGGGGUUUUGUGUUUGUUUUUUUCCUAUCCUGUGGAGAGUGCCACCUGUAUCUCGGUACAUUAUGUUUAUACUACUAUAAUGUCACAAUUAAACUAAAAGUAUGUGUACAGAGUUGACUUCAUGCCCUCUUGAAGGUUCUCGGUACAUUGUGUUUAUACUACUAUAAUGUAAGGAUUCAACCUGAAGUACACGUACAGAGUUGACUUCAUGCCCUCUUGAAGGUUUGGGCCAUUCCCUGGCUGUACAUGACUGAAGCUGAGAGAGAUCAUGCUGUUUUGUCUCUCGUUCUGAUACUUGUCUUUGUAUGAUUGACAGCAUGCAGUAAGCAAUACAAAACACUAAGCCUUACAUCAGAAAGAAGUUUAAUAUAUAAAAUUCUGAACAUAUAAAUGUAUAUGUGACAAAACUAGAUUUUUAAGGAAGGAUAUGCUAUAGGACAGGAACUCAAUACUGUAUUAAGACACUGUUUUAGAAUUAGGAAAACAUUCAUUUCUGUGGGGAGAAAGUCUAGAGGUUAAACAUAGAUUGUCUAUUUUAAAAAGUUAAAUUAUAAUUUGGAGAAAUUUCUUUGAAUAUAGAACACAGCAAUUUAAAAGACUUUUGUUUGAAAUUUUGUAUUUUUGUGCCUUAAUUGUUUUUUUAAUAAAUUGCUUUCUGACAUUUGGA